GUCGAUUUUAAAAAUGGCGUUGGUUUGUAAGAAAUGUGAGUCCUUUGUUUUGAAAUGGCUGGUCCUGUCCUGACUCAACAACAGCCAUGGAGGAAGAAGGGGAAGAGUUCGUUUUCACUCCACCUCCAGAGGCCCCAGUUUUCGAACCAACUGAAGAGGAAUUCCAGGACCCUUUGGCGUAUAUUGCAAAGAUAAGGCCUUACGCGGAGAGAACUGGCAUCUGCAAAGUCCGGCCUCCCCCGGUUAGAAAUAUUCUUUUUUCGAUUACCAAGUUUUAUUUAUCUUAGGUGAAGGCAUUAUUUCGGGAAAGAGAGGACUUAAAACAAAUUUCAAUGUUUAAUUGUAGGAAUGGCAGCCUCCGUUUUCUGUAGAUGUGGAAACUUUUAGAUUUACGCCGAGGGUUCAGCGUCUCAAUGAACUUGAGGUAACACAUAGUUGUUCGUCUUUUUCAAGAAAUCCAUUGGAUAUUAUUUGUAACAAAACGUUUUAUUUAACUCAUAACGACCCAUAAAGUAGCCUCUAUUCUUCAUUUGUACAUUCUGCUCCAUCUGAAAAAGUUGAUGCACGUUCUUUUCUUUGAUGAAGAUCGGAGUUUUAUCAAUAAUCUUAUACUAUAGGCUGUAAUCAACCAUGUGUCCCUCCCAUCACAAUUUUCUUUUUUUUCCCAAACCGAUCAUCGUUUAUAGCUGAUACUUUGUUUAUAUAGGCGAGAACAAGGGUGAAACUAAACUUUUUGGAUAGCCUCGCGAAAUUCUGGGAACUUCAGGUAAAUAUACAUCACGAGUUACCCAUCUUGUAUAUGAGAAAUUCAUAACUUUGAAACCUUAAGAUCGAUGGCAGCCAUGUUUACAACUCAUCUCUUAUUCUUAACAAAUUUUCAGCGCUCUAACUGGUUCCUCCAUUUUAAUGAUUCUUUUUGUAGGGCACAACUUUUAAGAUACCAACGGUUGAAAGGAAAAGUUUGGAUCUCUUUCGUCUUCAUAAGGUAAAAUAAACUAUGGGAGAUAUUUCGUUACGAAGUCUUUGAUGAACCAGUUGCUGUGUAAGCAACGUGGAGCCUUAAUUAUUACAUCUCCUUAAAAGUUUAGAUCACUCAAGCACCGCUCGGCUUGUUCCAGGAAGUUUGUACCCUUCAUGACCAGGAAAGACGAUCUCAGCGAUAAUUCGUUAAAUGGGGGUAUAGACUUCUUGGUCUCCUUUGCCUUAGUAAAUCUUUCAUAAUUUCCAGUCUUCUUAUCAAAUUUCUUUGUUUCAUUACGAAACGCAAGAUAGCGAUCCCUUUGGUAGCCAUGUUUUAAAGCCAGGUACCAACUACGCAAGGGUGUGUUCUACAACACUUCUCAGAAAAUUUCAAGCAUUUCUGCUCAAAAUCAUGACCAUAUGUUAGUAAUUUCUAGUUGGCCAUAUUGUUCCUUCAUCACAAGGAAAUAUUUGGUUUUAGUGAAAUGUUUUCAGCUUGAUUUACGUAUUUAGGAUGACAUAACAUUUGUCAUCAGUGAAUAUUCGUUGAAGGGGAUUAAGCAGAGUUUGUAGCAUGUUGUUCAGGCAAUCAGAGUUUUAAAGAGAUCCAUUUUCAGUUGGGUUGAGACUGGAAGAAAGGAAGUUAUGAACCAAACAACAACUGGAAACUAAAAGCAUUGUUAAUGACAAAUGCAUAGUUUUUUUGCUAUAAAUUCUCAUCCAGCUCUUUCAAUUAUAUCACAAUUAUAGAAAUCACUUUGUGUUAAAACCAUUUAUGGAUUGUUAGGUAAUUCUAAUGCAGUUUUGAAAUGUUCUUGAUCAAGAAACUCACUGAUUCCUAUCAGUCUAAGGGAAAUCUUUGCACCUUUGCCAACUCCUUGUUUAACUGUUUUUGUGUGACACUGUCUUCAAAACCUGAAACCAUGCCUUGGUCUAAGAGUGCUUCUUUUUGUUAAGUGUGUCAAUGAGCUAACUGUUUUGAUCAACAUCCUAUGGUUGUGUUUUAAUAUAAUUGCUUUGCUGCAUGUGAGGAUGAUAGGUAAUAUUUUUAUACAAAUUAUGCUGAAAGAUUUGAAAUGACCAAAAUGGAAAUGUCUUGGAUUUUGAUUGGAAAUUUCUUGUGAUAUUACUAUGUCUGCUUUCUCUUGUUUAGCAAACAUUUUUAAUCACCUAAGGAGUGUUUGCUAUAUUAUUUGGUGUGAAUCAAAUUGUUUGGUGAAAUGGAAAGUUUAUUAAACAUCAGUGUCUUUAAGUUACUAACACAACAGUCACUUUAUCUGUUAUUAUUUCGUCCAGAAAUCAAAUGUUUAGAUGUAUUUUAUUGACCCAAACACUUUGAUCAAAUCAACUUUGUUUUAGCUAUUAUUUAAACACAAAUGUUGUUGUCAGAACUGAUGUUUAGACUGGUCUUAUAAGCAGGUUAUUUCCUGGUUAGUAAUGGUUAUACAAGUGGCUAGAAUUGAAUAUGCUCAGGGUUGACCAUUUGUUGCCUGUGAUCAUACCAUGGGAUGUGUUCAGAUAAUGUACUGAAUCAUUAUCGAAAAUGUAUUCAAACAUGUGAACAUUUUCAGAACAUAGUUUCUUUUGUAUUAUCUAUACAUGCAGUGGAAAAAUCUGAAGCAAGUUCUGAUAGACUGCUAAAUUCUCCACUCAAAUUACCUUGGUUUGCCUUGUGAUACACAGGGAGAAGUUGAUAAUGCAUGUAAAGUCACUUUGAUUCAUGCAUUUCUUGAGUUUGUCUAAUAUGGGCAACUGAACAUCCAAUGUAACAAAGACUGUUUGCUCAUAUGAGAGUAAAGGGUACUGUAAAUAAAUGAUACUGAACUAUUAAGGACUGGUUAUUUACAGGAAGGCUAACCUAAACCAUGGUCUUCCACAAUCAGUGAGCCUCAGGCUUUCUCUCUAAGUGGGUUGAUUCCAAUAAAUAAGUCCUUCCACUGUUCAUAAAUAUAAAUGUUUAGGUAAAGGGUUCAGUUUAAUUGAGGAUUGUUUAGGACACAGUUUUGUUAUACAAUGGCUAAACUUUAUUUUAAGGAAUCAGACCUAAUAGUUUAUUGUCUGUUUGAGUGUUGAAGAAAACUUUCUUUUGUAGACUGUAAGUGAAGAGGGAGGAUUUGAAUAUGUUACCAGGAAGAAAAAGUGGUCUGUUGUGGCAAGAAAGGUAUGCUUACUGAUUUGUUUUCCCUCUAUGGACAUGAGCCCAAGAUGGUAUGCCUUACAAGCUGUUUGUUCAAAGAAUUCUAUUGUAAUUAUGGAGAGCAUUUUUACGAAAGCCUACUAAGAAAUAUCAGUAUUACAGAAUUACUGAAAGAAAAAGGUGAUUAUUUGCAGGAAGGCUGUAAUUUAUUGGUGAGAUAGGAAGUAAGAUAGGGAUGAUGUCUUCUUUUCCAUGAGCAACUCAGGCACUUUUAUUUAAAUUUUAUUGAUAAGCUGUUGUUGAUUGUUUCCACAGAUGGGUUAUCUCCUGGGAAAGUCAGCUCCAUCUCUACUGAGGAUGAAUUAUGAAAAGUACCUUUACCCAUACGAUAUUUUUCAAGCAGGAGCAUUCACUGGGGAUCCUCAGCCAGGGGUCAGUUAAGUUUUUCAUUUACUGGAGCAAUACAUUAUCAUCAUCAUCAUCAUUCCAUUCUGUCCCCUGUGGAAAUAGGGCCAAGGUCCCUUUGGCUUUAGGCUUCUCUGCCCUUUAACCCUUUCACUCCCAUGAGUGACUAAGACAUAAUUUCUCCUUACAUUAUCAAUACAAUAUCAACCAGAUAAGUGAUGAGAAUAAAGAAAAAUAUCAAUUUAGGGAUAAUCAGCUGAUCCAAUACUAAAUUCUCUGAACUAACAUCAUAAGAAUUGUAAUGUUGACAGUAAAGAAAAUUACAAAUUUGAUCUAGGAGUGAAAGGGUUAAAAGCAUGGCUGCUCCAGCCCAGCUUCUGAAUCUCUGCUGGUACUCAUCAAUCUCUCUUUUCACCAUCUUUUGGGACAUAUUGUAGUGUACUCCUUUUAUGGGGUAACUAAAAUAGCUUGGAAUUCUUUAAAAUUAUCAGGUAGAUAAAAGAUAUUGCCCUACUGGUUUGAAAAUUUGUUUCAUGUGUUUGUAAAAGAAGGGAGAUCACUGAUCGUGCAUGAUAUUCUUGGCUUUUCUGUCUCUCUGAGAUAUAUAUACAAUAUAUACAGUAUACAUGUCUAUAUUUGGAAGUUGCAGCUGUGAGAUCUCUUAAAAGAAAACCCAAUUAUAAACUGGAUUAGAAGAAGAAGCAAGAUUAACCCUUACACCCUAAGAUUAGUUUACAAGUUCUCUAUACUGUUCUCCAUACAUUUCCUAUGUUGCAUAGAAGGAGAAUUUGUCUAACAAUCAAGAGCAUGAAGUUUGUGAUAAAUUCCUUCAUUCUCAUGACCUUAAUGUUAAAUUUCAGUGUAUUACUUUAAGGAGAAACUCUCUGCUUAUCACUCUUAAGGGUUAAAAGUAAUAAAAGAUCCUUUAAGGAUGGAAGUCGUGUAACACAUACUGCUGAAUUAAGAUUAUGGGUUUUUUCUAACGACCUAUUAGUUGUUUGGUUUUAUCAAGAGUUAUCCCUCUUGUAGACUGUUGAAAACAUGUCAAUGACAUACUUGACAUUGAUUGUUGUCGCUGUUUUUUUUUUUAAUUACUUAUUUUAAUUUUGAAGUGAACAAUUGUGUUUCUGUUUGUCUGUGACUCUGUCUGAGUGGUUUGUUUGUCUGUCUGUGUGUUUCAGGUUUCAUUUGUUUUAUUUAUUGUUGUCUUGUGCUGCGUAAAAUACCACCAUUCUUUGAAUCUAGUUAUUUUUGGGACUGGUGAGUGGUUAAUGUGAACAAAAGUCUUGCAGUAAUUAAUUGGUCCUUUUUUUAGUAAAUGUGCUUCAACUUAAGGCAAUAAAAGAAUGGUGCCAUUGUUUUAAAUAUUUUUGUCAAUACACCCUUUUCUCUUUUAUAGAGUGCUGAUGCCAAGAAAGAUGAGAAAGACAAAGAAUUUGCUUCAAAUGGUGGUGUUGUUAAUACUAACUACCAAAUGUCCCGAAGAUCAAAGAAGGUUAUAAAAGCUGAAGAGGUGUGUAAGCUGUAUGUUUUACUUAGAUCUCAACCCAUGUUGUAUAUAGCUGUCAUGGUAGUGCUUAUAGUCAAGUCACUACUAAUUUGGUGGCCAUGGCAAGUGGGGAAAUGUUUUGGCCACAAAGUCACUAAAUUUCAUAGAAAUCAACUGGUGUUCAGUGGUUAGGCAUUAAUUAAGCUGUGACUUUUUUAUUUACAGAACCCUUUACACCCCAACAUCAGUAUCAACAUUCUCUCUACAUCUCCUUUGACACUGACAAGGGUAAUCUGUUUAGCAAUCAAAGCUAGUCUUAGAUUGCCAAUCAUUUCCUUUAUUCUUGUGACCGUAGCAUGUGAUUUGGGGGUGAUAUUGUAAGGAGAAAUUGGAAGCUAGACACUCCUACGGAUAUGAUAAACAUUUUCAUAAGAUAUUUCUGUAAUUCAGUCGGCAAAUUCUAAAAGAGUUAAAUUUAAAGCCUUGCAGUGAAAAGUUCCUGAGGCUUCUAUGUUUAUACUGACUUGAAUAUUUUUCUUGCCAUCACUUUCUAAUCACUGAUUUAUUCUGUUUCCCUUUGGUGUUUAAAGCUUGAUUCAGUAGACUUUGAAAACAACCUUGAGCUAAAGAAACUGCAGUUUCUUGCUCCAGGGCCCAAAAUGGCUGGUGUAACAAAGGGAACCUUGUUACCAAAACAAGAAGUGAAUAUAAAAGAAGGUAUGUAUCUAGCCAAAUGCCUAAGUAUAAAUCUUCAAACUUGUAGGAAAUUUUGCAUGGACUUUUUAUAUAAUUAUGUAACUAUCAAUUUGGCCUUGUUGACUUUGAAGUUCAAAGUCCAACAAGCUAUUUCAAGCAAAAAAAUUGCAAUCUGCCAUUCACAACUCAGAAAGGCACCUUUUGAAUCCUCCACAUUAAUGUGCUUGUACCCUGAGAUUCCUCAUACAAGAUUAAAGUUCAUUGGAGUGGAGAGGCAUCUUACACAUUGUAUAAAGCUAUGCAGCUGUGAUUUUACAAAUUAAAACACAGUAUAGCUCUCUACAAGCUAGCUGUAAUUAAGUGUUACAUAGAACCUUUGAAAUUGUCAAGAGCUUACUGACUUGAAUUCAGUCUGUCAACUGUAGAUGACAGACAUUUCUGUCGAAACAUGUCUUACAAACUCAAAAGUGUUGUCGCUUUCUUUAAAUUCUUGACUUGACUUGACUUCAGUCUGUCAACUGAAGAUGACAGACGUUUCUUUCAAAACAUGUCUUACAAACUCAAAAGUGUUGUUGCUUUCUUUAAAUUCUUGACUUGCCUGCUGAUAUCAAGAUCCUUUAGAAACAUCAUUCAAGAGCUUAAUAGUAAUAAGUCACUUUUGUUUCUAUUGUUGUAACACAGUUAUGAUCCCUCUUGCAUGUGUUACUGGGAUAAACAAUUACACAAAUCAACCUUAGCUGCUUGAACUGUAGUUUGAGAAACUUUGUAGAGAAUUCACUACUGCUAUUUCAUAUUUAUAGCAGUCACUUACAAACAGAAUUUUUUCAACUCUCAGGACUUCUAGACAGCCCAGUGAUGAUUGAAAUCACAAGCAGUAGGGAAGAGAAGGAGAAAGAGAGAGAGAAAGAGAAAACAGAACCAUCUCCUCGUAAAACAAAGAUGAAUGGUGAUUCUACACCAUCCCCUGGUAAACAAAGAGUGGCAAGACAGAAACAAAGUGUUAAAGUUAAACUGGAAAAUUUAAUGCAGAAGGAACCAGAGUUGACAAGGAGAAGACCUGUAAGACAAGCCAGCAGGAAAAACAUUUAUUCAAAUUCUCAGCUUCUUUUGGUAGGCGUAGCUGCUACUAAGGAGUAAAAAUACACUUAGAAUUUUUAAUGCUAGCACACAAAAGUGUUUCUCCCUUUCAGGGUUGUUGCUAAGUACUGGCUGCCUGCAAAAUUUGCAGGCUGGAUUUUUGGCUGGCAAUUGCUCAAAAGCACAAUAAGCAACUCUGAGGUUAUGCACUUAGUAUUGUUCAAUAGCAUUGUAAUCUUUGAGCCACCUCAAUUAAGAUUUCAUCCACUAACCUAAUUUUUUCAGCUACAACCCAGCCAUUGGAAUUCAAAUGUUUCUGAAGACACCAUUUUCAUUUGUCUAUAGGCUAAUUACAUGUACUAAAGGGAUAAAAUUUAGUUUUGGAUAUCUUAAGAUUUUUCUCCAUCACUUUAACCGGAGUACACAAUCAAUGCAUUCUUCACCUAUUUAAAACUAAAGACUGCAUAUUGAUUUCUCCAGUUAUUUCACAAACUGCUGAUUCUAAAUAAUUAGGUCAUACAUGUAGUUGAAGUUUUUUCUGGCUUGAAGACUUAAAUGGUUUACAUGCCAUGGCUGGCACAUUUAACAAUGAUGCAAAAUAUGAAGCCUUGAAUAUUGUUAAUUUUGGUAACAAAAGUGGGUUAAUUUCCCAAAUUGUACUCAGCAAUGAUGUAGUCAUUUAAAAUUUUUCUGUUUGUCUAGCCUGAUGAGUACCUUUGUCAAGUAUGCAGUCGAGGUGAUUCUGAAGAAAGCAUGUUGCUAUGUGAUGGCUGUGACGACAGCUACCACACAUAUUGUCUUAUCCCACCCUUGACAUCUGUUCCACGGGGAGACUGGAGAUGCCCCAGAUGUGUGGCAGAGGUAAGAAUGGAAAAUUCAUCAUUUUUCUUGUGUGAUGUUUUAGAUGUUGUUCCAAAUGUUCUUUUGAAUAUUAUAUAACCACCAUUAAUUGACUGUCAAGCUGGUUGGCUGACUGACUAAGUGACUGAUUUAGUUGGCUAGCCAGCUAGCUGACCGACAGACAGACAGACUGAAUGUCUGGUUUAGCUGGCUGGUUGGCUGAGAGACAGAUAGACUGACUGAUUGACUGACCAACAGACUGACCAACAGACUGACCAACAGACUGACCAACAGACUGACUGACUGAAUAACUGAUUUAGCUGGCCAGGUGACAGACAGACAGACUGACUUACUAGAAGACUGAUUGACUUAAGGGCUCAUUUAUGUGACUGGCUGGCUGCUGUCUUGGCUGACAUCUCGAUUGACCAGCUUGGCUUACAGAAUAAUUUUCUGAAUAUAUGUAUUUUUUUACAACUAUUUGAUUAUUCGAAGUAAUUUUGUUAAAUCUUUCUUGUCUCUAGGAGUGCAAGAAGCCACAGGAGGCCUUUGGCUUUGAGCAAGCUAAAAGAGAGUACACAUUGCAAUCAUUUGGAGAAAUGGCAGAUAAUUUCAAGAAAGAGUACUUUAAACUCCCACCUGAGGUAUUUCUUGUUUCCCCUUCCUAGAAAUGCUUGAUAGUAAUGUGCACAUUUUUGCAUGAAUACAUAGAAAAACUUAUAAUCUGUUUUGUCUGAGAUGUAACCUUCCUACCAAGGCAUGAUCAACUGUCUAUGAAUAUCUUGUGGCCUAUGAUAAUAUGGGGAAAUUUUCACCAAUUAUCAUGAGAAAUGAAAGUUUCAGAAGGGACAUGCAUUGAAGGCUGUGUUAUAUUAUACCAAGUGUAGACUAGUGCAUUUUGUUUCAUUUUACCAAAUGAAGUAGGUUGUAAAUUUUAAUUUUUUUUCUUGCAUUUUUUUCAGCAAGUACCUACUGAAGUGGUAGAGAAAGAGUUCUGGAGGCUAGUAUCGACAAUGGAUGAAGAUGUAAGUUAGAUCAUCUAAACAGUAAUGUUCUUUAGAUUGAUUUUAUCCUGACAUCAAUCAAUCUCUAGUAGCAUCAAAGAAACAGCACAGAAAAAUGCUCAAAUCUUCACCACUGUAGAUUUAUCAGUUUGCCUGAUUAUAUCUCUAGGUGACAGUUGAAUAUGGUGCUGAUCUGCAUACAGCAACGCAUGGCAGUGGAUUCCCAACCAAAUUUAAUGCUGUCACCAAUGAAGAGGAAGUAAGGGUUUCAAUUUUUUCUCAUAUUAUCAUCCUUAAAAGUGCUCUGAAAAUAUUUAUACAGCAUGGUUCAAGUUAUUCACAAGAACAGUGUGUACUCUGUGCAUGCUUGUAUUUAGCCAGGGUGCUUGUGUGUUUUAGAUUUAUUGUUACCUUGGGUAUAAAUUAAAGGACAUGUAAAGGCAAGUUAUGAACUGUAACUGCUUAGUGAUCAUGGGAUAAACAUACAUGUAAUUCAGGUAAGUAUGAUUGAAGUUGCCUAAUUGAUAGCUGGUUUUAGUUUGGAAGAGUUUCUAUUAUGUUAUGUGGUUCUGUUGAUGCCAUGUAUGAUUUCUUUGGUUGUUUUAGGGAAUCUGUAGUGCUGCUUUGGUGGGAGGGGGUAUUACACAGUUAUUUGAUUUCAUCAAAUGAGUUGAAAAUAUAAAUUGGCUACCAUAAAGAUUUGCCAAGCUGGCGUUUCAAGCAUUAGCCUUGAACAAAGGCAAAGGGCUGACACUUGAGACGCCAGCUUUAGAAACUCUUCACAGCAGCCAAUGUAAAUUAUUAACUCAGCUGGUAAAACUACAUUAGUGGUAUUAUAGAGUUUGAAGGUUUCUUUGCUGAGGGCAUUGAUUUUAUUCAUUUGCUUAUAUCUCUGUGUGGAUGUUUUUCAGUUUUAUGCCAAAUCUGGUUGGAACCUCAAUAACCUUGCAAAUCUGGAAAGAUCAGUGUUGUCCCACAUCAGUGCUGAUAUAUCAGGAAUGAAGGUUUGUUAUUGACAACUAAAUCUUAUAAAAACAAAAAAUGUGGCUUGCAUUUACAUAAACAUUGUCUGAAAAUGUUAUGCUGAAGUUUGUUAAGUUUAGAAGUUAGAUCCAUCUGAUCAACUUCCUGGCAGCUGGAACUUCUGGCUUGCCUUUGCUGAUCUUCUUUUUAUCAUGAUUGUUAUUAUUUUGUAGCAUUAUUUUUUUUUAUUUACAUUGUGUCUUAAUCAGCACAGGAUUAUUGAAUUGUAAUCAAUGUAUGUAGUACAGUACUGAGAAUUGAUAUUUUGAUAUUGGAAGUGAAAGAGUUGAUACCAUAGAAAUUUUUUUUACACUAUUUAAUUUUUUGUAAUCAAUAGUUUGAUUGUCGUUUCUUUCCAUUGUGUUUCCUACAGGUUCCUUGGAUAUAUGUCGGCAUGUGUUUCAGCAGUUUCUGUUGGCACAAUGAAGAUCACUGGAGUUAUUCAAUCAACUACAUGCACUGGUUAGAACAUUGUUUUUUUCUUAUAAUGGCAGAAGCAAAGUAAAUGUUCACUGUAAUCCUUUUUCCUUUUGUUUUUAUUUAAUUCACAAAGGUAACACCAAGAGCGAGAUAACAUUCUGACAUUGUUGCAGAUGUGAAAUAAAGAUAAUUUUAACAAAACAUCUUUGACCUUCUAAUUUGUAAAUUUUUGCUGAGUUGAUAAUUUUAAAAAACUAAUGGAGCAUUUGUUGUUUUACUAAGAAAAACAUUUUGGCUUUCAUAAGUUCAGUGUGAUUCCUUUCAACUCUUUUCACUUACUUCUGGGUGAUAAGUGAGAUUUUAAUUGUUUGCUUGCUUGUUUGUUUGUUUUUAAGGGGUGAGCCCAAAACAUGGUAUGGUGUACCAGGUGAUAAUGCUGAAGAUUUUGAACGCUCUAUGAAGGAAGCAGCUCCUGAACUCUUUGAAGCUCAACCUGACCUUCUUCACCAACUCGUUACCAUUAUUAAUCCCAAUGCACUGACCGCUAAGGGUGUACCUGUGGUUAGAACUAAUCAAUAUGCAGGGGAGUUUGUAAUCACAUUCCCCAGAGCAUACCAUGCUGGAUUCAACAAUGGCCUGAAUUUAGCGGAAGCUGUCAAUUUUGCCACAGCAGAUUGGGUAAGUAUUGAUGAUAUUUUUGUUGUGAUUGUACUGCUCCCUGAAUGUGUUUCUAUUACUAUCAGCAAACCAAUGGUGUGAAGUGUGUAUUUGACAAAAUAGUGAAGGAAAACAUUUCAGUUUAUUCUCUGAACACUACAAAUCUCCUCUAAGUCUCUUAAUCCUUUACACCCUAAGAUUAGUUUUUAAAUUCUCCACACUGUUCUCUUUAUAUUUCUUAUGGUAAUGACAAGGAGAAUUUAUUUGAUAAUUUGGACCUUCUUAAAUGUAUGGUUAUUUCCUUUAUUCCCAUGACCUUUACAUUUGAUUCAAAGGUGAUGCUAUAAGGAAAAAAUUAGAAGCCUCUUAAUCUUAGGGGUUAAAUUAGUAAUAAGUUUGUGGCAGUAAUUUUUGUGAUGCCAUGAGAUGGUGGAAUUAUGAAAUAGAAAGCCUGGAAAGCCUUUGCAGAUUUGUGAGUUCUCUAGCCUCUUCAAAGCCUGAUGCAGCUAAAUUUUGACAGCCUGAGUUAGUUUUCACUAAGUGAAUAAACUCUUAACCUCUACUAUAAUUGCCAAUUCAUUUCUUUAUGGAAACCAUUGUGCACACAAAGAAGACCAGGAACAUCUUAAGACUUCAUGUGAAAUUGUAAUAAUCUCAACCCAAGAGGAAUUUUUGUGUUGCAGAAUACAAAAAAAAUUAUCUUUAGUUUCAAAGUGAGUAACUUUCAUACUGUUAACCUUAAGUCCUUCAUUUUGAUUGGUUUUUGUCCUCAGCUUAUGUUUUUUUUUUCCUCACUUUACAGCUCCCGAUUGGACGCAAGUGUAUUCAACACUACCGUGAGAUGAGCAGAAACCCAGUAUUUUCUCAUGAGGAGUUAGUUUGUAAGAUGGCUGCUGAUCCUGAUGGUUUAGAUUUGGACUUAGCCAAGGCAGUCUAUGAUGAGAUGGUGGCUGUUGUGGAGAAGGAAGCAAACAGGCGGCAUAGGCUGGCUAAAAUGGUAGAUUCAGUAAUUCUCGUUAUUAUUUGCCACACAAUUCUUAUGAUGUUAGUUCUGAGAAUUUGGCAUUGGAUCAAGUAAUAAUCCCAUUAUUGAUACUUUUCUUUAUUCUCGUCACUUGUCUGCUUGAUUUAGUGUUGAUAUUGUGAAAAGAAAUUGUGUUUUGGUCACUCAUGGUAGUUAAAAUGUUAACUAGCUGUCAUAUGAUCACCUUAGACUUCAUUUUUUUUUUCCUUCUUGAAACUUUUUCUUGACAGGGCAUCUCGGAGUUUGAGCGAGGUGAAGCAUUUGAGUUGUUGCCAGACGAUGAACGACAAUGUGGUGUGUGCAAAACAACCUGUUUUCUGUCUGCAGUGCAGUGCCAUUGUAGUCUGGGUAAGUUGUUACAAUCGUAGCGCAUUCGUUUAAUUGUCAAGAACGUUUCGUUACAAAUUUUGACCAGAUUCCUACAGGGGAAGUAGUGCCUUGUUCCCAAAGUGAGGCUUCGUUACUCAGCUGGCAGAAGCGUUCAACUAGUAUCUGGGAGGCAUGGGUUCGAAUUUCGGCGUAGCUAGAAUUUUUUCCACGCAUCUUUUCUACAGUUUUUUAAACUACACCCCACUUGCUAAGAUCAUUACGUUACUUGAUGAUAUUGUAUUUAACAAGUUUUGCAUGGCUUUCAUGAUAGAGAAGUAAUGUUUUCGUUCUCUUUGUUUCAGGGAAACUCGUCUGUCUUGACUGUAUCACAGACAUCUGCCCCUGUGAACCUUCCGACAAGAGCUUAAGGUUUGCUUCGAAAUCUCCACUUCAACUGUACCCCUUAAACUCCCAAGAUCUAAUUCCCAAUUCUCCCCUCUAGGUGCUACACAUUUCCUUUUUAAUGAGUAUCAAGAAAAUGGUGUUAGAUCGAGAUAGAAACUUCUAUCUGAUAAGUCUGAGUAUUUUCAUCACCUGAUUGCUAGAUACCGUAUGGAUUUUUAGGGAGAGGUUUUAUGCUAAUCAAUUCUGGGCGUUGAAAGGUUCAUGGAUUUCAAAGUCCAUGAGUGUUUUCCAAAUUGCAAUUUACCAACUGAUCAUACUCAUGGUGAUCUGCACUCUCAACAGAUAUCGAUACACUCUGCAAGAAUUGCCAUCAAUGCUUCUGCGUCUAAAGAAAAGAGCUGAUUCCUUUGAUAACUGGGCAACUGAAGUAAAGAGGUCCCUAGAUCCAUCAGAUCCUAAAGUUGGUAUGUCUGUGACGAAUCGAAUACCUCCAUGUCAGUAAAUGCUCCUUAUUCGAUAGUUUAAUAAACGAUACCGGUGUAUUUUUUGCGAGUUGCACACGUGGCUCCGGAAAAAUGCGAGCCGUGAGUAAAUUGUCCGCUCGUAUUAUUUGUUACUGCUACUGGGGUUACUGCUUUACGUUACAAGACGUAGAAUAACCGAAACAGCCAUGAACCUGAUAUACUACCCAGUAGCACGCGGUCAGCUUGACCCCACUCUUUGCAUGAGAACCUCUUGAGUAUGUCGUAUGGUUAGAGAACCUUUCUUUUGCUACUUCUCUGCUAACUUUUUUGCUCGAUUGAAACAUUUUUCUGAAUGCUGAUGAAACAAAGACUCAUCAAGGCAAUGACUUUUUCCCUCAAGUCAUAUCUCUAAGGACUGAGAUAACUCUUGUUCUCAAUGCUUAUUCACAGAUGUAUCAGAACUUAAGGAACUGGUGAACACUGCGGAACAGAGCCAGUUUCCAGAUUGUGACCUGUUCCAACAGCUGAAGGCUGCUGUUACCGAAGCUGAACGAUGUGCCAGCGUUGCUGUGCAGUUAGUGAGCAGGAAACAUAGGACAAGGUAAAUAACGACUGUAACCACAACUUCAGUUUUGCAAUUUUAAGGUGUAGAAGUGAUGGAGAGAUUCAGAAAGGGGGAAAAUAUCGAGAAGUUAAUCAUGCCUGCUAUGAUCACCCGUAACAAAUUUUGGCAACCGGGUGCCCAGUAUUUUCUUGGUGAAAACCUUAACUGCCAUCUUUGAUUUUUAUAGCAGUGUGAGUCCGGGAACAGCGAGAAAUUUUUACCAAGGGGUGAACGACGAGAAAAAAGGAAGGGGAGGGGAGGGGGGGGGAGUGGGGUGGGGCAAUAAACAAACUAUUUCUCGCCUUUUCCCGCACCCCUCCCCCACCGUCCACUCUAACUCAAACAUAGCCGGUCGAAUAAACGAUUGCGAACCUGUAACGUUAAGUCGCCCGAAUAAGACGCGUGCACUACAGGCUAGUGAUCUUUGAGUUGUAUGCUAAUGACUACCAAUUGUAGCCUUCAAAUUUGGCCUAAGUAUUUCAUCAAAGCAAGCUUUAAAAUAUGUAUUGUUAUGUUAACAGACCCCACGGUGGCGCAGAUACCGUGGCAGCCACUCGUUUAAGUCUUGAUGAACUUCAAGGCUUCAUGCAGCAACUACAGAACUUACCUUGUGUAGUAAGAGAAGCAGAUCUCGUACAAGUAAGUGGCGCACUCUGUACUAUACCUAGGUGUCGUCAAACCGAGGAAAAUUGGGAAAUAACAACCAAAAUGAAUAAAAACUAGAAUAAAAAAUGAGAAAUAUGGAUGAAAGAAUUUGCUGGUAGGCACCAUUUUGGAUCGUAGACAUUUUAUAGUUGGUAACCGUAAAGCGUCACACGACCCAACAUGGCGGAGAGCUCAAAGUUCUAGCUUCCAAAUACCCUUGCUCUGUAUCGAUUUUUUUUUCGCGCACUAACGACUUAGUCCCCAUUUAUGCCACCAAGUUUUAACUUAAUUGAAUAUUAUGAUAAUUAAAUGAUCAUCUGUGCCACCUGUGGAGAUUUCUUAAAGAGUUAAAACUCUUAAUCCGUUGCUCAACGCGACAAUAAUUAGACUCAAAGAGUUAGAUGAUGUCACUCAUGGAUUUUAUAAUCUUUAAGUAAUGUAACCUAACACUUUUUAAGUGGUGUGGUACCUAUCUGUUGGACGUCAAGUUUGAAUGGUUGGUACCUCGUUGAUGGUGUGACUUUUUACAAUUCUUUAGGAACUUAUGACACAUGUGGAGAGUUUCCAGUGUGAAGCCCAGAAGGUUAUUCAAAGUGGCACAACCGAUGCAACAAGACUUCAACAACUCCUGGACAAUGGAAACACACUAGAUGUUGACUUACCAGAGAUUCCAAAACUCAAACAGGUUUGACUUGAUUCUGCGUGGCUCCAUAAUGGUUUGCCGUCAUAUACGAUGUUGUUUCUUGUGAAUUCUUUGACCAUGAAGGUUACUUCUGUUCUCUAGGAGUUACGACUUGCCAAGUGGUUGGAACAAGUCAACAUUACCCUAGCGAACACUGAAGAUGUUUCGUUCGAUACACUUCAAGAGCUACUUGAGACUGGAAACACACUUCCGCAAAAAGCUGGUAUGUUCGUGAACAUUCCGUAACCUAUGUAGCGACUGAUACGUUGUAAUUGAAUGCGUUUUUAUGAUUAAAAUUUUCAGAAUUACAGAAACCUAGAAUGUUAACAUUUAUUGGCAUUAUUUUUGCCUAGCUAUUGAGAAAGCCGUUAGCGAGCUUCGUGGUCUGGUCGCUCUUGGUGAACGGUGGGAAGAAAAGGCAAAACUUUGUCUUCAAGCCAGGUAAGAACAAACAGCGUUCAACUCAUACUUUUACUGUUUAUCCAGUAUAUUAAUGACCAGAUUCUGCCAGCCAAUAUUGUGUGAUAAUCAAAACAAAUAACGCACCCGAUAAGCUGCAGUGUCACGCACUGCUCUCUGGCCCAUGAAGGUCCUAAAAUUAUAUUCAGCUGUCACACACACAGUUCGUCACAUUAGUGAUGUAUAUUUGUCAAACACCUCAUGUUAAAUGCACUACUCUCUUUUUUUAUAGGCCCCGUCACGUGAUGACUACAGUGGAAGCAAUAGUAAAAGAAGCGUCACGUGUCCCGCUGUAUCUUCCAAACGUGAGUGCGCUCAAAGAAGCACUACGCAAAGCACGUGAAUGGUCUGACAAGGUUGAUCAAGUGCAGGUAUGGUGGUAGUGAAAAUGUCGAGCUCUAUUUAAGGGUAUUAGAAUUGAAAGAUCAAACCGUGUUGCGGACAACGAGUAAGAGUGGUUUGUAGACUACGAGCACUUCCUACUUUUCGGCUUAGUCAGCCGCGCGAUUGGAGAAAAAUUAAGGUUCUGAGCGGAACUCUGGAAGUGCGCCUCACUCGCAGAGUUCCCCCGGGGCAUGCUAUCAUCAAUCAAUUUGGUUUUUGACUCGUGGGACGAACUUCGCCGAAAAGCAAAGACUGCUCGUGGUCUAAGUGGGUUGUAAACUGAAUUGUAAAUCAAGUUGUCCAGGUUUGAGCCAAAGUGUUGUGUUUUUGGUGUUUACCCUUAUUUCCACAAUGCCUUCUUUUAUCAACUAGUGUUAUUGCGUUGAAUUGUGGGCGGAGGGGAGGGGAGGGUGGUUGUAGAUGGCUACCCUGCGCGAGACUUAAAUUUCUCUUCGAGGAAGAGUCAGUGUUCCUGGUUGCUUGGCGUUAAGGACAAAUUCUGGCGGUUUGACUGAGUUGGCCUCAACACAAACUCGCCUUACUAUGUUAUGAUUAACAAGCACUUUCAGGUGCUAAGCUGAGUUCUUUGUUAAUCACAGAAUGAUGACUAUUAUCCUUACCUUGAUGUCCUGGAGGCCCUGGUCAUGAGAGGUAGGCCCAUUCCCGUGCGUCUGGAACAGCUCCCGCAGAUGGAGUCCCAAGUAGCUGCAGCGCGCGCCUGGAGGGACCGUGCUGCAAGGACGUUUCUCAAAAAGAAUUCUUCAGCUACUCUGUUGGAGGUUAGAGAUAUCAUUUAAUGUGUGUUCACUAUCGUUUUGAUCUCAUGGUUUGCGCAGACUCUGAAAAAUUUUUAAAAAAUGGGAUGAAGUUUAGAGCUUUUCUUCGGAAUGGCAGUGAGUUUUAAAACCUCAUGUAAACUGAACUGCGCUUUGUUGCAUCGAUCGAAAAAUUUUCAGUUUUGGAGCGAGUCCUCGGUAACCCACUGGGUAAUUUGAAUUAUAACUUUGAGCCUGUAAAAUGAAAGUCAUGGCUUGGGAUAAAAUUUGAAAAAUUAUUUUGUACAUAAAACUGCGCUUUGUUGGAUCGAUUGAAAAAUUUCCAGCUUUGGAGCAAGUCCUCGGUAACCCACAGGUAAUUUGAAUUAUAACCUUGAGUCUGUGAAAUGAAUAUUGUGGUUUGAAAAAUUCUUUGUACUCGAAGAUGUGUACUUUACGAACCAAAAUAUCUUCCUUAAAUGUAUAAUAUAGAGGUGUCUUGUCUCAACUACUUGUUUCAAUUUGUAUUUCACUGUUCAGAUCUUAUCUCCCCGGAAAGACGUUGGAUCAUACAAAGCUUGUCUCAAAACUCGUGGUAACAAAAAAAGAGACAAAGCCGAGAAAGAAAAAACCGAAAAAGAACGGGAGGUUAUAAUUGAACUGGUGGCAUUGGACGAGUACAUUGGGAGGGAUCCUGCUCUACAGAUCGCUGAGUUCCGAGAGGCGGAAAUCAAAGAGAUGCAAAGCAUGCGGCAAUUACGACAAGUUAACAUGGCAAGACAAAAAGAAGAAGAUAAGAGAAGACAGCUUGGAGAAAGCAUGGACGGACAGUACUGUACAUGCCGGCGGGGACCCGACGGGUUUAUGCUACAGUGUGAGCUCUGUAAGGAGUGGUAUCAUGGCUCUUGUGUUCCCCUUCCGCGUACCCAGGGUGGUAAAUCCAUGGGCAAAGGCUCCGCUGCGCUGGAAGCGGCAAAGGAGCUCAAGUAUCUGUGCCCGCUUUGCUCAAGGUCGAGGCGACCCCGCCUGGAAACGAUCUUGUCGCUGUUAGUAUCGCUACAGAAGCUUCCUGUCCGGCUCCCUGAGGGAGAGGCGCUACAAUUUCUCACUGAAAGAGCAAUGAACUGGCAGGAUCGAGCCAGAAAUUUUCUGACAGACGAAGAUGUUGUGAGUCUACUCGCGUUUCUCAGUAGAACAUCUGCGGCCUGGCCGCAAGGAGUGAGUGCAGAGAACUUGUCUGCGUCGGCUGCGUUACUUCGUCUCGCUCAAGUGGGACCCGAACCGGAAAACGCCGACAAAUCCGCCUCGGGUGAGGUGUCUGUCACGGACGAUGCAAACAACAGUCCGCAGGCCGAAGUUAGGCCGACUUUAUCGGAGGAGAUACGACGGCAAGCCGAAACGAUGAUGAUGGAGGGGGAUCUUUUGGAAGUGUCGCUUGACGAAACGGAACAGCUGUGGAAAAUACUGCUCAGUCAGAAAAGCCAAGAGGAACAAGAAACACAGGUGAGCAGCUCCAAAGAAAUUCUCAAAGAGAGUGAUAUUUUUUCGGGGAAAAACCUUAUUUCAAUUAUCAACGGUUUGUCAGAUGGGCCUGGGGAGGAAGUUAAAAAAAAGGAAAUCUUAUAUUCUUGCGCUCGUCAGGAAUACGACCUGCAAGAAUUGAAAUUUGGAAUUUUUUUUUUUACCAAAGCAAUAUAAAACUAUAAAUGUAAAUGAACCACGACUGUGCACAACUUAGCCCUUUACACCUUCACAUCAGUAUUCAUAUUCUCCCGACCCCUCUCCCUACAAUUCGUUUAGUACUGACAAGGAGAAUUCGUUUUAUAAUCAAAUUCUUCUUAAGUUGGUGAUCAUUUCCUUUAUUCUCAUGAUCUUAAUGAAUGAUACGGAAGUGUUACUGUAAGGAGAAAUUAGAUGCUGGUCACUCAGGGCUUAAAGGGUUAGUUGAGAACCAAACGGAUAGAAUUCUGGGAAUGUCCCUGAGAUAUUCCGAACGCAUCAGAAAUUGUCUUCAUGCGACAGCAAUCAUUUUGAAUUUUAUUAUUUGCUAUUCAAGGAAGCAAGCCCGACGGUCUGUUAGUUAGCAGUGACCACGUUUCAAAACAUAACAUAAUUUCACUUAGAAACUGUGUUUCCGUUCUGUAACCUCUGUUUGACAGAUUGCAAAAUAGGGUUUUAAUUUGAAAUUUACUUUGUAAUGAGCAAUCUUGCUUUUGUUGGCAGCUUUUCGAGACAAAAUCCGUCAAAGAGAAAGUCAAACGGAAGCGCAAGAAAAAAGACAAUGAAGAAAAAGAGAAGCCAGUGAGAAGAGGAUCAAAUGCUAGUUCAACAAACUCUGCCCCUGCCACAGCAGAAACACCAAAGAAACGUCGCCGCAAAGACAAAGAAAAAAUUGUCAAAGUGAAACAAGAAAAGAUGGUUGAUGUCGAAGAAGACGAUGAAGACGAUGACGAUGAUGAUGAGAUAUGCGCAGCCGGGACGUGCACACGACCCCAGGGGGAUCAAGUGGGAUGGGUGCAGUGCGACGUCUGUGAGAAGUGGUAUCAUUUCGCGUGCGUGGAAAUUAGCCCGGAGCGUGCAAAAGCUAUUGAUUCUUACAACUGUCGGAUGUGUGUCGGAGGGGGUGGGGGUGGGGGUUCUUCUACUAAUUCAGCAGUGGGGACCCCACCCGGGGCGUCACCCGAAUCAGAGAAUGUUGACGUGGACGGUACCACGCCGACCUCCCCGACACCUCCGGUCUCAAUAGUAGAUGUUGAAGGCACGGAGACCACGCAACCGCAGGAACAAGAGCCAGCGGAAAGUACUGUCAAUUGCCAGGGCAACAGUGACUCGGUGCGCCCAGUCACGACAAUCGAUUUGUGUUCGGACGACGAAAGUGCGCCCGAAGACAUGCAAACCGAUGACAACGUCGUGGAUGUUGAAACGGGAUCUACGGCUCAGGUUUAAAAUCACAUAUUGAAGAUGGGAAAAAAUCUAAAUUUAACUUGCUCCAGCUAAAGACGGAAUAUUGAUGAGCAUAUUUUUGUCGCAAUUUUUCAGACCAAAUCCGAGGCCCGUGUUACCGGGUAAGGCUGUUUUUAUAAAACUGUUUGCCAUUAUUAUUCGAGAGAAGUUAUCCUCUGUCAGCCACGCAGGAUAACUUGUGUAUUUCAAGUGUCGUCGCAAAUCUCAACCAGCGGCGUUAGUUUUUGGCAGAGUUUCAACCGUUUUCCACUUCCGAAAGGUGCCUAAUUUAAUAAUUAAUUAAAACUCGGUCGUUUUCGGAAGGUUCUAUCUAUUUCCGAUUUCCUUCUACCAAUUAGAAAGCUGCUCGACGUAGUUUAAGCGGCCUCGAGUGUAUCGAGAAUUUUGCGUGAAGUAGAGGCAAGUUUGCCAACUGGAUAAGAUUAUAACUGCUGACUGUUCUUAUGAUAUACUGAAUAUCUAAUUACCUUGAUUUACUUACCAAAACAAAGAACAGUUACGACCUUUUUAAAGAAAUACAGGGCUAGAGAUAUAAUUUGGGUAGUUAAGACUAAUCAGAACGAAGCAAUACACGAUGAAAAUGGCCCCAUAGAGAGUAACUGAGUGUAGUUUGGUUUCAAGCUGUUGAAAUGAAUUAUCAAAAUGUCGUUUGCGACUUCACCAAGGAACGGUAUUUUUUCACUUAGCAACAGUGCAACUUUGUUCACUCGGAUCUGUUCACAGAUUCUUUUUGGAGCCUGUUGCAUUUCAAGUUGGAGAAUUUGCGCUGAGUUAAAACGGUCAUAUUCUCACUAAAAGUUUGUCAAUCAAUGUAAUUUGUGGUGAGAAAUUGGCACAUUGAUUUGAACAUUAUCUUAAUUGUUGUAAAUGAAAUUUUCCACAGCAAUCUGUUGAUAACAUCAAGUUUCGAAAUCAUUACCUUUGGUUAUUCGGAAAAGGACCAAGACUAUCAUUACUUUGUUGCAAAAUUUAUCAUAAC